UUAUUUACUAUAUGAAUGAAGAUAAAUUAUAUUGAUAUUGUAAAUUAUAAUAUCGAUUCCUGGGGUACAAUAAAUUAAAAAAGAUAACAGUGUGUUACGAGUUUUUUGAAAAAAGGUCCACUAGUAAUUUUCUGAGAAAAAUUACAGUGUUUUGACUACUUUUCUUUCUAGCUCAACUCCCAGUAAUUUUCUAAGGCAAGUUUCAAACUUUGUUUACAUACUUUACCCUUUUAAUUCUCUCAUUCAUUCUUCUCAAAGCAAAGAAUUAAUGAAUCAAGAUCUCUCUCAUUCCCCACUGAUAAGCUUCACAAAUCAUCAUGUCCUUCUCAAUGUUUGAAAUUGUUCUCUCGAUCUUUGUUUUGAUGGUAUCACCAGUGAUGAUUAUCUCUAUUCCAUGGACAACGUCAGUGAUGGUGAUCUCUCUCUCAAUAAUCAUCGUAUGCAUGGGUUUCAUAAUAAGAUCCUCCUGGAAUAAGUAUACCAAUCGUUAUUUCCCUUCUCACGAAGAAAUUAUUAGUGAUUUUUCUCUGGAGCCACCAAGCAUGGAUGUUGAUGAGGAUCAGCGCUCCAUCCUGGCCUCUCGGAAGAAAUAUGUCGUUUUUAUCAGUUUCAGAGGAGAAGACACCCGCAACGGUUUUACUAGUCAUCUCUACGAAGCACUCACAAAGGGAGGAAUUGAAACCUUCAUUGAUGAUGGCAAACUUGAGCGAGGACAUGAGAUUUCCAAAGCACUUUUCGGUGCCAUCGACGACUCAACAUUUUCUGUAGUUAUAUUCUCAGAAAAUUAUGCAACCUCGUCGUGGUGCUUGGAUGAGCUGGAGCAUAUCAUUCAAUGUAUGCAGCAGAAGAAGACGCAAAUUGUUCUGCCGGUGUUUUACCAUGUUGAUCCUUCGAAUGUGCGCAGACAGAAAGGAACUUACGCAAAAGCAUUUGCAGAACAUAAACAACGAUACAACGAUUCUGUGAUACGCAGAUGGAAGGCUACUCUAACCACGGCAGCUAAUCUUUCUGGAUGGCAUUUAUCCAAACUCAAGAAGGAAGCUGAUUUAGUGACUGAGAUUCUCAAUCAUAUACGAGGAAAAUUAAAUUCUACAUAUUCAAAGAGUAGUGCCCAUGGCCACGGUGAUUAUUAUUUAAAACAAGGUUUAGUUGGAAUCGACAAGUCUGUUGCAGAUCUGAAUAAGUUGCUAUCGAUCGAUAAUGCUCCCAUUUUAGGGAUUUGCGGCAUGGGUGGGGUGGGUAAGACCACCCUUGCUUAUGUCAUGUUCGAAAAUUUUCGUCAUCAAUUUCAGAAUCAUUGCUUUCUUCGAAAUGUUAAAGAAGAACACCAAAAGCAUGGAUCAGAUUUGGAGAAACAAUUUUUUCAAAGACUGUCAAAAGAAGAAAAUAUAUACUUGGAAGAUUUGGGUUCCAUAAAGGAUAGGCUAUAUCAUAAGAAGUUGCUUAUUGUUCUUGAUGAUGUGGAUGACUUGGAUGUCUGUAAUUCUUUACUUGAAGAUCGUCAUGCUUGGUUAAAUUCUGAAAGUAAAGUUAUCGUAACAAGUAGAGAUCAACAAGUGCUUCGAAAUAUUAUUGGAGAUGAUGAUGAAAAGAUGAUAUAUCGCCUUGACAUACUCAAUGAAAAGGAAGCUCUUGAACUCUUCUAUUUGCAUGCCUUCAAAGGUAAAACUGUUGAUCAAAACUUCAAAGAACUUUCAGAGAAGUUUGUAGAUUAUGCUCAAGGUCUUCCUCUUGCACUUAAAGUUUUGGGUUCUCAUCUGUUUUCAAGGAAGAGAGAAGUAUGGCGAAGCUUGUUGAGUGAGCUAAAAGAAUAUUCCGAUGAAGCAAUUUUAAAAGUAUUACAAAUAAGUUUCGAUGGACUAAAGAAUAUAGAAAAAAGCAUAUUUCUUGAUAUAGCAUGUUUCUUCAGAGGUGAAAUUGAAAAUUAUGUGAAAGAUGUGUUGGAUGCUUGUUAUCGUAAUUCUUAUGAUGUCGUUAUUGAAGUUCUUGUUGACAAGUGUUUGAUAACUAAAUCUAAGAAUUAUUUUGGUGAACAAAGUUUUAUUAUACUUGAAAUGCAUGAUUUGUUGCAAGAAAUGGGUCAGUCAAUUGCUUGUGGGUCAGAUGAUCAUUGUUUGGAAAACUGUAGUAGACUAUGGAAGCAAGAAGAUGUCUACCACGUCUUGGAAAAUAAUAUAGGCACUUCAAAAAUUAAAGGAAUAUUUAUUCGUGGUUUUGACAAACGAGAAGAAGGAAACUUGGACUCUUCAGUCUUUAAAAAAAUGUCAAGUCUAAAAUUGCUUCAACUAUCAAUCAAGGAUCUAUUUCAGUCUACUAAAUUUCAGCCUCCUCAAUUUCAGCUGCUUCCUCAUGGCUUAGACUCUUUUCCUAUGGAGCUUAGAUAUCUUGAAUGGGAUGGCUACCCUUCGAAAUCUUUAGGGUCAAAAUUUACACUGUGUAAUCUUGUUCAUCUUAGCAUGCCUUGGAGCCACCUUGAGAAACUAUGGGAUGGAAUUCAGGAUCUUAAAAACUUAAAAUAUGUCAAUCUUUAUUCCUCAAAGAAGUUAACUUGUCUCCCAAAUCUCUCCAGAGCAAAUCUUUGUCACAUGAACCUACAAUAUUGUGAAGGUUUGGUUGAACUUCCUCCUUUAAGGUUUCACAACGUUCAUGAUGGCAAACUUGAUCUUGCUGAGUGUUGUAAUCUGAGAAUUGUUUCAGAGAUGUUUGGUAAUAUCAAAUUCAUAGAUUUGUCUUGGACGGCAAUAGAAGAUUUACACUCUUCCAUUGGCUCUCUUAAGAAUCUUCAUGAGCUCCGUCUCUCUUAUUGUAAACAUCUGAAGAAGCUUCCCAACAGUAUUUGUUAUUCUGAAUCAUUGCAACUUCUACAUAUGAGUGGAUGUGUGUCCAUCGACAAGUUUCCAGAGCUUCCUAAAAAUAUAAAAGAAUUAGAUUUGAGUGAAACAUCGAUACGACAAAUCAAUCCAUCAUCCUUUGAGUGCAUGCCUUAUCUUGAGUAUUUAAACAUGACAAGGUGCACAAUUCUUGAAAGCCUCCCAACCACCAUUUGUAAGUUGAAGUCUCUUCAAAAACUAUAUUUCGACUAUUGCUCACAACUAAAAAAAUUUCCAGAAAUUUCGGAGCCUAUGGAGAGUCUGAAAGAACUUUAUGUAACUGAAACAUUGAUUGAUGAGGUUCCACAAUCCAUUUGUAAGUUAAAGUCUCUUGAAAUGCUGUCUUUCAGAAAAUGCUCACAACUAAAAAGUUUUCCAGAAAUCUCUGAGCCUAUGGAGAAUCUGAAAAAACUUUCUCUAGAAGGAACAUUGAUUGAUGAGGUUCCACAAUCCAUUUGUAAGUUGAAGUCUCUAGAAAUGCUGGUUUUCAGCGAAUGCUCAAAACUAAAAAAAUUUCCAGAAAUCUCGGAGCCUAUGGAGAAUUUGAAAGAUCUUUAUCUAGAUGGAACAUUGAUUGAUGAGGUUCCACAACCCAUUGAGUAUCUACCUAAGCUUACAAAUUUAGAUUUGAGGAGAUGCGAAAAUCUCAAGUCUAUUCCAGUGUCUAACAUUUAUAAUAUGCCCAACAUUUCUAGUGUCUACAUUGAAGAAUAUCAAAGAGAUCAAGAUUGGGUUGUUUUGUCAGAUGUUUGGAUUUCUGAAACUCUUCAACAGUCUAAGUGUAGAUGUUCUUGUUCGAAUACAAAUCUAAUCUCUAUCCUAAAAUUGUAUGCUCUAUGUGACAAUUUUAAAUUUUGGAAAUAUUUCACUUGUUGUGAGUGUGUUUUGUUCUACACAAUACACAAUAUUCUAGUGAGCAAAGCUCUGCAGGAUAAAAUUGUCAAACUAAUGCCAUGGUUCGAAGAAAAGGGUUUACAUGGUCCUAGAGUGAACUUUUGUUAUCCAGAAAAUAAAAUUCCCCAGUGGUUUGCUUAUAAGUCUCUGGGAUUUGCACUACAUGUAGACUUUGCUUCAUCGACUUGGAAUGGUGAUGAAAGCUUCUUAGGCAUUGUUAUAUGCAUUGUUGUUGAUUUUGACUGGUGCUUUUGGUAUCGUGAUGUGUUGACCAUAGUUUGUGAAAUCCAUUAUUCCCAUAUGGAUGAACCAGACUUGGACAUAUGUCGUUAUUCAUACCUACAGAUAAUGAAACAAGACUUGUAUAUACAAAAGGGCCAUACAGACCAUGUGUCCAUAUGUUAUCUUACCAGAAAAGACAUAAUAAAUGAUUUAUUUGAUGCAAAGAAUGCUUCAUUUAAAUCAUUCAAGUUUUACAUGAUGAACAAAUCACAUGAUAAAUGUAGCAAUGAGAGAAUAAAAGAAUGUGGAAUCCACUUGCUAUAUGGGGAAGAUGCAGAGGAGUUUCAUACUAUACAUGCAGAACUGCAUGCAAAGUGA